CCAACACCGCCGACAUGGGUCACUCGCACGGUUUGAGAUCCGGCACUCGGUAUGCCUUCAGCCGUAACUUCAAGGAGCACGGCCAAAUCGCCCUGUCGACCUACCUGAAGACCUACCGGGUCGGAGAUAUCGUUGAUAUCAAGGUCAACGGUGCCGUCCAGAAGGGUAUGCCCUACAAGGUCUACAACGGUAAGACCGGUGUCGUCUACAACGUGACCAAGUCCUCCGUCGGUGUCCUCCUCUACAAGGUUGUCGGCAACCGCUACAUCGAGAAGCGCGUCAACGUCCGCAUCGAGCACGUCAAGCACUCCCGCUCCCGUGAGGACUUCAUCAAGCGUGUCAAGGAGAACGCCCAGAAGAAGCGCCAGGCCAAGGAGCAGGGCAUCCACCUCCACCUCAAGCGCCAGGCCGUCCAGCCCCGUGAGGCCCACCUCGUUGAGGGCGCCACCCCCGAGACCAUCACUCCUAUCCCCUACGACACUCACAUCUAAACGAAUGGAAUGGUCGACGCGGUUGUUUGGUGUUUUCUGGGUUUCCGAUCCAUGGGUGGAUUUUGCAUUAAGACGCAGCGAAAAAUUAUAGGGUUCUCAGAUGUACGAGCACAUCUCAACGCCUGUGCAUAGAUUCCCCUGAAUGAAGAAAAAAACAAAAUUUCGAUUCCCUUGUUCAAAUCCUUGACCGUGAGAUUUUUGGCGCCGUUCUUUCUCCGCGGGUCCCUCUUUUUCUUCGACGAGUUGCAAAGAUCGCCCCAAGAAAUUUCGGUUAGCCGCGCUUGAAAUUGACUCGGUCGGUUGGUCGGUCGCCCGCAAGACAGACAACACUCGAACAUGAACAUAGCCUUCACCGCUACGAUUCGUAGACGAGAC